AUGUGGAUGCUGGGGUGUGCUGGCCUCCAGCUCCGCUUCAGAGGGAACUGUGGAUCUUUGCACUGGGCUCUUCGUUUGCUUGCUGAGUCGUGUGUGUUAUCAAAUAACAGGGGUUAUGCUAUAUACAAUUUCAAAGGCACAGGGACACCACAGCUGUCUCUACAGAUUGGUGAUGUGGUCCAUAUCCUGGAGUCCUGUGAAGCAUCCUCAUCAUCCUGUUGUAUAACAAGGAAACCAAAUUGGUACAAGGGUUACCUAGUGAGGUACAAAGGAGCAGAGGGAAUAUUUCCUAAAUCCUUCAUCCACAUCAAGGAAGCUGCUGCAGAAAAGAAAAGACAAACAGAAAAUGUCAUACCUGCUGAGAUCCCCUUAGUCCAAGAAGUUACCGCUACUCUUUGGGAGUGGGGAAGCAUCUGGAAGCAGCUCUAUGUGGCAAAUAAGAAAGCCAGGUUCCAGCAGGUGCAGUCCAUGAUGUGUGACUUGAUGGAGUGGAGGUCACAGCUUCUGUCUGGGACUUUGCCAAAAGAUGAGCUCAAAGAACUCAAACAGAAAGUCACAUCCAAAAUUGACUAUGGCAACAAAGUACUUGAGCUAGACCUGAUAGUUAGAGAUGAGGAUGGAAAUAUCUUGGAUCCAGAUAAAACCAGUGUUAUCAGCCUUUUUCAUGCACAUGAAGAAGCAACUAAUAAAAUCUCUGAGCGAAUUAAGGAGGAAAUGUAGUCAAAGGAUCAACCAGAUUAUGCAUCGUACUGCCGAAUGUCUUCAUCCCCCACACACAGCCUGUAUGUCUUUGUGAGGAAUUUUGUUUGCCGAAUUGGAGAGGAUGCAGAGCUCUUUAUGUCCCUGUACGACCCGCAGAAGUCAGCAAUUAUAAGUGAGAACUACUUGGUGAGAUGGGGGAGUCGAGGCUUUCCAAAGGAAAUCGAUAUGCUCAACAACCUUAAAGUGGUGUUCACAGAUCUUGGAAAUAAAGACCUUAGCAGAGACAAAAUUUAUUUAGUUUGCCAAAUAGUUCGAGUGGGAAGGAUGGACCUGAGAGACAGUAACUCCAAGAAAUACACCCAAGGGCUGCGGCGGCCCUUUGGCGUGGCAGUCAUGGACAUUACAGAUAUCAUAAAAGGAAAAUCUGAAAGUGACGAAGAAAAGCAGCAUUUCAUUCCCUUUCAUCCGGUAGUGGCAGAGAAUGACUUUUUACACAGUCUCCUAAGCAAAAUCACUGCAUCAAGAGGAGACAGUGGUGGACAAGGUCUGUGGGUAACUGUGAAAAUGCUGGUUGGAGACGUGAUUCAGACUAGAAAGGAUUACCCACACCUUGUAGACAGAACCACGGUUGUUGCUAGAAAGCUGGGAUUCCCUGAAAUAAUCAUGCCAGGUGAUAUAAGAAAUGACAUAUAUAUUACAUUGCUGUAUGGAGAUUUUGAUAAAUACAAUAAAACAACUCAGAGAAAUGUGGAAGUGAUAAUGUGUGUCUGUGAUGAAGAAGGAAAAGUGUUGCCAAAUGCUGUGUGCCUGGGAGCAGGGGACAAACCCGUGAGCGAGUACAGAUCCGUCGUUUACUAUCAGGUCAAACAGCCGCGAUGGAUGGAGACGCUGAAGGUAGCAGUCCCCAUUGAGGACAUGCAGAGGAUUCAUCUGCGCUUCAUGUUCAGGCACCGAUCGACUCAAGAGUCUAAAGAUAAGGGAGAGAAGAAUUUUGCAAUGGCCUACAUAAGACUAAUGAGGGAGGAUGGAACAACCCUCCAUGAUGGCAUCCACGAUUUGUUAGUCCUAAAGGGGGACAGUAAAAAAAUGGAGGAUGCUGGUGCUUAUUUGACAUUGCCUUCUACACGUCUGCACACAGAAAACAAAGGAGCAACCUUAGCCAGGAGCUCAAGUAUUGUUGGGGGGCUUUCAAUCAGCCCCAGAGAUGCAUUUUACAUUUCAACUCUUGUUUGUUCUACAAAGUUAACCCAGAAUGUGGGCUUGCUGGGUCUCUUGAAGUGGCGCAUGAAGCCAGAGCUGCUUCAGGAGAACCUGGAAAAGCUGAAGAUUGUGGAUGGAGAGGAAGUAGUGAAGUUUCUCCAGGAUACGUUGGAUGCCCUGUUUAACAUCAUGAUGGAACAUUCCCACAGCAAUGAGUAUGACAUCCUUGUCUUUGAUGCACUGAUCUAUAUCAUAGGGCUCAUUGCAGACCGUAAGUUUCAGCACUUUAACACUGUUUUGGAAGCAUACAUCCAACAGCACUUUAGUGCAACCUUGGCAUACAAGAAAUUAAUGAGUGUUCUGAAGACAUACUUGGAUACUUCCAGCCGAGGGGAGCAAUGUGAACCUAUCCUCAGGACUCUGAAAGCACUGGAAUAUGUUUUCAAGUUCAUUGUUAGAUCAAGGACAUUAUUUUCCCAAUUAUAUGAAGGCAAAGAACAAACAGAAUUUGAAGAAUCAAUGAGGAGACUCUUUGAAUCCAUCAACAACCUGAUGAAAAGCCAGCAUAAAACUGCCAUUUUGUUGCAGGUUGCUGCCUUGAAGUACAUACCGUCAGUUCUUCAUGAUGUUGAAAUGGUUUUUGAUGCCAAGUUACUGAGCCAACUACUGUAUGAAUUUUUCACUUGCAUUCCACCAGUGAAGCUACAGAAGCAGAAAGUGCAGUCCAUGAAGGAAAUCGUACGCAGCAACCUUUUUAAAAAACAAGAAUGCAGGGACAUUCUUCUUCCUGUGAUUACAAAAGAGCUGAGGGAAUUACUGGAACAGAAGGAGGAUCAGCAGCUCCAGGUCCAGGAGAGGAAGUAUUGUGUUGAAUUACUUCAUAGCAUCCUGGAGGUUCUGAGCUGUCAAGACCCUGCUUCAACUUAUCACCAUAUUCAAGAAAUAAUGGUGCAGUUACUACGCACAGUGAACAGAACUGUUAUUACAAUGGGACGAGAUCCAUUAAUUAGUCAUUUUGUGGCGUGCAUGACAGCGAUCCUGAACCAGAUGAAUGACCAGCAUUAUUCAGUGUACAUUGAAACUUUCCAGACAAAUUCAGAACUAGUGGACUUCUUGAUGGAAACGUUCAUCAUGUUCAAGGAUCUCAUUGGGAAGAACGUUUACCCCUCGGACUGGAUGGCCAUGAGCAUGGUGCAGAACAGGGUCUUCUUGAGAGCCAUCAACAAAUUUGCAGAGACAAUGAACCAGAAGUUUUUGGAGAACAUGAAUUUUGAAGUCCAACUGUGGAACAACUAUUUUCAUUUGGCUGUGGCUUUCAUUACCCAAGAUUCACUACAGCUGGAAAACUUUUCCCACGCAAAAUACAACAAAAUCCAGAACAAAUACGGAGAUAUGAGACGUUUAAUUGGCUUUGCUAUCCGUGACAUGUGGUACAAACUUGGCCAGAAUAAAAUCUGCUUUAUUCCGGGGAUGGUUGGGCCCAUCUUGGAAAUGACACUUAUUCCAGAAGUUGAACUACGAAAAGCCACGAUCCCAAUUUUCUUUGACAUGAUGCUGUGUGAAUAUCAGAGGACGGGAGAAUUCAAAAAGUUUGAAAAUGAAAUCAUUUUGAAGUUGGAUCAUGAGGUGGAAGGAGGACGAGGGGAUGAACACUACAUGCAGCUCUUUGAGUCCAUCCUUACAGAGUGUGCCAAGCAGCACCCUGGCAUUUCCAGCCUGGUGGACAGCUUUGUGAGCCUGGUGAAAGGGCUCCUGGAGAGGCUGCUGGAUUAUCGCGCCGUGAUGAGCGACGAGAGCAAGGACAACCGCAUGAGCUGCACCGUGAACCUGCUGAAUUUCUACAAGAACAUUAACCGUGAAGAGAUGUACAUCAGGUAUUUGUAUAAAUUGAGAGAUCUUCAUUUAGAUUGUGAGAAUUACACAGAAGCAGCAUAUACCCUUCUACUCCAUACGUGGCUCCUGAAGUGGUCGGAUGAGCAAUGUGCACCCCAAGUCAUGUCAACAGAGUUCCAGUACUCACAGACCUACAGACACCUGAAAGAGAAUCUGUAUGAAAAGAUCAUAGAAUACUUUGACAAAGGAAAGAUGUGGGAAGAAGCCCUAUCUUUAUGCAAAGAACUUGCAGAGCAAUAUGAAAAGGAGGUGUUUGACUACGAACUUCUUAGUCAAAACUUGAUCCAGCAAGCAAAGUUCUAUGAAAACAUCAUGAAAAUUCUCAGGCCUAAACCAGACUAUUUUGCUGUUGGAUAUUAUGGCCAAGGAUUCCCAACAUUUCUAAGGAACAAAGUGUUCAUCUACCGUGGCAAGGAGUAUGAGAGGAGGGAGGAUUUCCAGGCCCAGCUGAUGAGCCAGUUUCCCAGCGCUGAGAAGAUGAACACGACCGCAGCGCCCGGAGAGGAUGUGAGAAAUUCUCCUGGUCAACAUAUCCAAUGUUUUACAGUGCAGCCAGUCCUGGAGGAACAGCCUAGAUUCAAAAAUAAGGCAGUGCCUGAUCAAAUCAUAAACUUUUAUAAGUCAAACAACGUGCAGCUGUUCCACUAUUCAAGACCAGUCAGAAAAGGAUCUGUUGACCCUGAAAAUGAAUUUGCUUCUAUGUGGAUUGAGAGGACAUCAUUUGUCACAGCCUACAAACUUCCAGGAAUCCUGCGCUGGUUUGAGGUGGUCUCCAUAUCACACUGCACAAUUAGUCCUUUAGAGAAUGCUAUUGAGACUAUGUCCACGACAAAUGAAAAGAUUUUGAUGAUGAUUAACCAGUACCAGAAUGAUGAGAACCUCCCUAUUAAUCCACUUUCCAUGCUUCUGAAUGGAAUUGUUGAUCCAGCUGUUAUGGGUGGCUUUGCUAAAUAUGAGAAGGCUUUCUUUACAGAAGAAUACAUCAGACACCAUCCAGAGGACACAGAAAAACUGAACAGACUCAAAGAUCUGAUUGCUUGGCAGAUACCUUUCCUAGGGGCUGGAAUUAAAAUUCAUGAAAGAAGAGUUUCUAAUAAUCUUCGUCCUUUCCAUGACCGGAUGGAGGAAUGUUUCAUGCACUUAAAAGUUAAAGUGGAAAAACAAUAUGGAGCCAGAGAAUUGCCAGAGUUUGAUGACAAGAGGGUCGGGCGGCCGAGGUCGAUGCUGAAAUCCUACCGCCAGUUAUCCUUCAUCUCCAUGAGCUCCAUCGGUUCCGACUGCAGCACUCCCAAAAAACUUGCUUCAGAAAGCUUUGAUCUGGAAGCAGUGCUGCCAAAGCAAGGAAAAGCAGAAUCAGAGGAGAUUGCUCCGCAAAAUAAUCCUCAUCCUGAAGUCAAGAUGAGACGGUCCAAAAAAAGACCAAAAAGAAGCAGCGUGGUGUUUGCUGAUGAGAAGGCAGCAGCUGAUAUUUCUAUCUCUGACAUGAAAUGUCUGUCAAGGAAAUAUGAGUUCAUGAGUGACACCAACCUCUCAGAACAUGUGGUGGCACCUCAGAAAACUUCUGUCCUGAAGCAGAUGAGCACUGUCAGUCGUUCUAUGCCAACUAUCCCAGGAUUAACUCUGUCUGUCAGCCCUGUGGCACCCGAUGAAACAAUUGCCUCACACAGGCUGAGCCAGCCAGUGUUUCCUUCCACCUCAGAUGGUGACAAGAAAACCUUAAAAAAAAAGAGAGUGAACCAGUUAUUUAAAACAAAGCGCAUUUCCAAAGUUCUGGAAGAUGGAAAGCAGUCUGUGGAGCAGUAUUUCAAACCUUCAGCAGCAGAUCUGUGAUCAAUUUUUACAAGACCACUCCUCAACUGAAAAUAUUUUUAUCUACACACAAAUAUUCUAUUUUAGAGCACCAUCCACUCUAAGGAAAGGCACUGAUGGAGAAUAUGAACAACACCCCCCUUGGGCUCCGAUAAGUUACUUGUGAUAGAGAUACAGGAAUAACAUUUGAGGAAAACACUGCAGGAUGUGUCCACCGGGAUCUGGAACAGAAACCUCCGGCUGCAGAGGUCGAAGGGAGCUGGAUGUUCCCUGGGGACAAAGCUUGCUCCUGGGAAGUGACACGUGUGUGAAGGCCACCUGCAGCUCCCAUGUGUAACGCAGUCAGGGUCUGUUCUUCCCAAAGAGCAGAGUUAUGGUUUCCUGGAGCUUGUACAGACACACUCCAGACAUCCUAAACCCUCACUGGCAGCGUAGCCAAGGCAACAGAUGGCUCAGCACAAAAUAGCCACUGACAGUUUACUGUGUGGCUGGAUUUCCAGUCCUCAAUCCCUCUGCUGCUCCCAGCACUGCUCUGUGUCCUCAAUCUUCCCUGGGUGAUGUCCAUGGCUGUGACACCAUUGCUUGAGUUGUUUUCAGAACAGCAGCUAUUAUGUGGAGAACAUGCAAAAGUUUAUUCACACCUGUACAAAUUGACCUUACAUCCAGCAGCACGAUGAACAAAAGCUGCACUUUCUGCUGUUCAAUAAAAUGCUACAAAUCUGGUUUAUUUGCCCUUUCUCCCUGACAUCUCCAGGUACCAUCGUGUGAAAGGUAAUAGGAUUUUACUGACAGCAAACAGAAUUCUACGAGCCCAGGUUUUCUGGGUUUAGAUUGAUUUUCUGUGUCCUCCCACGUCGUGAGGUGGAGCUGGGAGGUGAUGCCUCACUGGUGUGAAGCUCCACAGCACUACAGGUCAGCACCUUGGAGUUUUUAUAACCCGUCAGCUCCUUCUCAAAGUGUGUUU